CUAGUCAUAGUGACUCCAUGCGAGUGAAACCAGUGCAGAUUGUUGAGCCACAGAUUGUUAGCUGACACUAAGAAUAUUGACAAUCAGGCUGGGUUUGUCGAAACUCAAUAACUUAGACACCAUUGGAGAAGAGGCAUUGGGUGGUGGUCACCAUAGAGUUGGACAGGAGCCUUCUGACUCAAAGAAGAACACCUACGGGGAAGUUAAGUAACUAAGAGAGAAGCAAUUGGCUACAGUGACAGCUACAUCUGAAGCACAAGUCUGAAGUCCUUCUCCAAAAUCUUCCACUGUGACUGAUUGCUUUGGCAGUUUUGGCAAACUGACUGGAAAGCUCCUGAUACUUGACUGUUGAUGUUGGUCCUCAUCUGCUGUUGUUUCUUAACUGUAUCUACAGUUGAAAGACAGCUCAAGACAUAGCACAGAACAUCUGGGACAAACUUUGCAGAGCUCUUGGCGAGAGGUGGACAUCAUGUUUGACUAUGUGGAGGCUCUCGGGGUAGGGGCAAGACCCCUGUUUGACGUUGCUCAAAGUUCCUGCAUGCUCAGGAAAGCUAGAUCCUUCUUCCCUGACCUAGAACCCUUCUCAUGGACCAACAGCACUAGCCUGCAGUCGGUAGAGACCCAGAGCACGAGCUCAGAGGAGAUGGUGCCCAGUUCUCCCUCUCCACCUCUUCCUCCACGCGUCUAUAAACCCUGCUUUGUGUGCCAGGACAAAUCUUCUGGUUAUCACUAUGGAGUCAGCUCCUGUGAGGGCUGCAAGGGGUUUUUCCGUCGCAGUAUCCAGAAGAACAUGGUGUACACCUGUCACAGAGACAAGAACUGCCAGAUCAACAAGGUGACGCGAAACCGCUGUCAGUACUGCCGGCUGCAGAAGUGCCUUGAGGUCGGCAUGUCUAAAGAAGCAGUGCGGAAUGACAGAAAUAAGAAAAAGAAAGAUGUAAAAGAGGAGGUUGUCCUUCCAGAGAGCUACGAGCUGAGUGGAGAACUGGAGGAACUGGUGAAUAAAGUCAGCAAAGCACACAGGGAAACAUUCCCAUCGCUCUGUCAGCUCGGAAAAUACACAACUAAUUCCAGUGCAGAUCACAGGGUUCAGCUGGAUCUUGGACUGUGGGAUAAGUUCAGUGAGCUCUCUACCAAGUGCAUUAUAAAGAUUGUGGAGUUUGCAAAGCGCCUGCCUGGUUUUACCUCACUCACCAUUGCAGACCAGAUCACCUUACUGAAAUCUGCCUGCCUCGAUAUACUAAUGUUGCGGAUUUGUACACGCUACACUCCAGAGCAGGACACUAUGACCUUCUCAGAUGGCCUGACCCUCAACAGAACACAGAUGCACAAUGCUGGGUUUGGUCCACUGACAGACCUGGUCUUUGCUUUUGCUGGGCAGCUCCUGCCUCUGGAGAUGGAUGAUACAGAGACAGGGCUCCUUAGCGCCAUCUGCCUCAUCUGCGGAGACCGUAUGGACCUGGAGGAACCUCAUAAAGUAGAUCAGCUGCAGGAGCCUCUGCUAGAGGCCUUAAAGAUAUACGCUCGCCGACGACGCCCCAACAAACCUCACAUGUUCCCACGAAUGUUGAUGAAGGUCACUGACCUCAGAGGAAUCAGCACUAAAGGAGCGGAGCGAGCCAUCACUCUGAAGAUGGAGAUCCCAGGCCCAAUGCCGCCUCUGAUCAGAGAGAUGCUGGAGAACCCAGAGGUCUUUGAGGAGAGCUCUGACUCUGGUGACAAAGGUGCUGCUGCCCCCCUCCCACCGCCUGCCAUCCAGGCCAUCAAACAUGAUCGGGAUGAGGAGUCUGCCCUGGAGGACGAGGAAGAGGAGGAGGAUGAAUGUGCAGAGGAAGGACUGGAGAGAGCAGGGGACAGUGAGGAUGAGGAAUGGGGUCUCCAGCAGGUGGACAUGGGUGGCGCUAGAAAAGGUGCCACAGGAAGAGCACAAUGACUCAUGUAUGUUUGAUACAUAUGGACAACAGGCUAUAUAUUCACAUUGAUGCUGCAUUUGCUCUUAGACACCCAACUGAUGCAAAUAGAUUUUUCACAGGACAUAAACAUUUGAUCACACAAACAACACUAAAUUAUGACUUAAAAAAAAAAAAAUAAAUAAAUAAGAAAUUACACAAAUACACAAACAUAUUUUUUGGACUUUCAGUGGGGUCCAAAAGUCUGAGACAUUAAUGAAUAUGCUUGUUUUUUUUUGUUUUUUUUUUGUUUUUUUAUAUAAAAAAAAUCAUGAUCAAAUAUAGAAUAAGCAUAACAAGUUAAGUGAAAUUUUUAAUUAAGAAAUUACCAAAAAAGAAAAAAAAAAAAAAAAAAAAAGGAAAUCUGUCUUCACCAUAACAUUUUUAUCUUACCACUUGGAGUUCAACAAAGAGUUCCUAGCUAAGAGUUUUUGCUUAAAAACUAUUCAUAAAACUGCUAAGAGCAAGUUUACUAAGGAAAUCUUUUAUUUUAUUUUAUUUUUUCCUCCCCUUUUCUCCCAAAUUUGGAAUACCCAAUUUCCAAUGCGCUCUAAGUCCUUGUGGUGGCGUAGUGACUCGCAUCAAUCCGGGUGGCGGAGGACUAAUCUCAGUUGCCUCCGCAUCUGAGACAGUCAAUCCGUGCAUCUUAUCACGUGGCUUGUUGAGUGUGUUACCAUGGAGACGUAGCGCAUGUGGAGGCUCACGCUAUUCUCUGCGGCGUCCACGCACAACUCACCAUGCACCCCACUGAGAGUGAACCACAUUAUAGCGACCACGAGGAGGUUACCCCAUGUGACUAUACCCUCCCUAGCAACCGGGCCAAUUUGGUUGCUUAGGAGACCUGGCUGGAGUCACUCAGCAUGCCAUGGAUUUGAACUCGUGACUCCAGGGGUGGUAGUCAGUGUCUUUACUCGCUGAGCUACCCAGGCCCCCUUUACUAAGGAAAUCUUAACGUAAGAGUAAGGCAGAGUUGACCUCAUUGCUAUGGAUGAUGUCACAUUUUAUUAUCGUGCUCUUUUAAUUCAACCAAAGUGAUUGGUAGACAGGGAAGCGCUAUUUGCCAGCACAUUCUUCAUAAUGACAGACAGAUAGAUAGAUAGAUAGAUAGAUAGGGUUGGGGGGGUUGCUUUUGAAAUGUAUUCCACUACAGACUACAGAAUACAUGCUGUAAAAUGUAAUUUGUAAUGUAUUCCGUUAGAUUACUCAAGGUCAGUAACGUAAUCUAAAUACUUUGGAUUACUUCUUCAGCACUGGUAGAUUUUUUUCACUUGUUUUGACUAUAAAAACUCUGCCAGUACAGUAGACAAAAUACACAUGUUAAAAAUACAUUCUCUGAAAAACCUGAAUAUCGUAUGCAGUGUUGUUUCUAAAACAAGAUAAAUCAAACUGAUCUUGUUUUAAGGAUUUUUAGAUAUUUUUACAGGAAAACAAUAAAAAAAUUAUCAAGUAUACCAUUUUUGCCCUAAUAUCAAAGGUCUUACUAGAAAAAAAAGAAAUUAUGAUUCAGCUUGAAUUUUCUUGAUAAAAAACAGUGUUUCACCGCUGUUCAAGUGCACUUUGUAUCACACCAUUUAUAUGUAUAAAUGUUUUCCAUCUGAAAGGACUAAAUAUUAAAUGAAAAAAAUGGCAGUAAAAUGCAAAGUAAUCUCUUCGGUAAUCAAAAUAAUUUUUUAAUGUAACUGUAUUCUAAUUACUAAUUAUUUAAAUUGUAACUGUAGUGGAAUACAGUUACUUAUAUUUUGUAUUUUAAAUACGUAAUCCCAUUACAUGUAUUCCAUUACUCCCCAACCCUGUAGAUAGAUAGAUAGACAGAUAGUGUGCAUCCAUGAGAAAACAUACACUAUGAAUGGUCGGACGAUAUGCGGUCGGGAGAGGGCAUAUAUAGUUUGAUAGGUGAUUUUGAGAGGAUAAAUUCCUAAUUCACUACACAGUUUCACUUUGCCUGUGGCUAGAUCGCGCGCAUUGUCAACCUUUAUCUCCGGUGUAAAUGGGUUGUUUUGGUUCGUGGGAGAGUUAACUGCAUCUCUAAAUAACUUUGCAAUAAUGAAAACACCCUCGCAAUUCAGACUAUACUUUUUUAAAGGUCAAUGUCGAUAUUAUAAUGUUUAUAAUAUUAUAAUGUUAUAUUAUCAAAAUACAUAGACUCAAAUGUGAUUCAGACGAUAACUUUUUAAUAGGUUUAUGUCAUAAUAAUAUUCUAAAACAUUGUUUUUAAUGUGGAUUGACGACAGCAGUCACUCUUAGGGAUUUAGAAGUCCUCAGGAGGACUUCUAAGCUGUUGUGGGUAUAGGAUCUAUUUUUAGCCUUAAAAUGCUUCAUGAAUAACUCUUAGAUGAAAAUGUUACUAGUCCUAAUAUUAGGAGUGACACGCCCCUCAUUUUUAAGAGUUGCUCCUAAAUUUCGAGGUUAGGAGCUACUUUUAACAUUUAGUGAAUAAGUGCCCUGACCUUUGUACAAUGCAGUGAUUUCAAUGUACACAUGGACAGUGGAAAAAUGUUGCUUAUUUGAUUAUUGACAAAGAAAUUGUGCAGUCUUAAAUAUUUAUUUUUAAUUUUAUUUCAUAAUGUUUCUUUGCUGAAAUUUGUUUUCAAAAUCCAAAACAUUUUUAAUUCCAGGUGUUUAAUUCCAGAUCUUCAAUUUGGUCUCAGACUUUUGGACCCUUCUGUACAUAGUUUACUUCUAUUUUCCAAAAGCACCACAAUCAAAAAAGACUCUAAAAACUAUAAGAAUCCCUCAACACUGUUACAGUAGACAGUGUCACCCCAAGAUGCACUACAAUCUCUGACCAUGUACUGAAGGUGAAGGCUAAGGGAAGAACGAUAAACCAUUGUGCCAUAUUAAGACCAUAUAUGGAAGCUUAUUUCUAUGCUUAUUUUUGUACUUCAUUUGGAGCUUCCAAAGACUUGUUCUCUAAGGGAAACAUGUUUUUAUGAGUCUAUGGUUUACUGAUACAUAAUCAUAAAUUGUAAAUGAGAAAAGAUAUAUUACAAAAUGAUAACAACCAAACAAUUAUAAUAAUAAUAAUAAUAAUAAUAACUUUCUGAGCUGACACUUAUUGUAUAAUAUAACUUUUUCUAUUGAUGUUGAUGUUAUUUUUUAUUUUGUAUAUGCACUCUACAUGCCUCAACUAUGUGCUUAUUUCAGUGUGAUUUUAUAUGUUACUUAUGAUAUAAGUUUUUACCAAACACUCUCAAAUGUUGACCAUUUUUAGGGUAUGUUUGGACAUUUGAUGAUUACAAACGUUUGGUGCAUUAUUCCUCUGUGGCAGAAGCGAUCCUCAUUGAUGCAUCAGAUUUCAAAGUCAAAAAUCUCACUCAGGGCAAAUCAAGAACCAAAUAUAAUCCAUAGACUCGUAGAUCAGAAUAAACCAGCUGUCUGAGCAUGCAUGUACAAUUCACAUAUAGUUUAUUUUCAGCUGAUAUAUAGUCAAAGCAAAGCAAAAUCAAAUGGAACACAUGAAAUGCUGAAAUUUAAAGGGGUCAUGUCAUGGAUUUUUAUUUUAUUCCUUGAGGUCCACUUAUUAUGUUAGUUCAGUUUUCUUGCACAAACAAUACAGUCACAAUGUAGUAUUACAUGACCAUUUUCUACCCUGUGUUUAGCCCUCUGUCUAAAAUGCUCCAAUAAUCCUUACCACAGCUUUAAGACACACCCAAUAUUCUGAUUGGCUAACAUCUUUGCAGAGCGAACGCCCUCCCAUCAUUACGCAUGUGGAAUUCUAUUUUCCAAAAUGAAAGAAUGAAAAUAUGUGAUUUACAAAAUCCACUAAAAGCACUCACUCCAGACAAUCAUUGCUGUGUGUCCCAAUGUGAAGCACACAAUCAAAUUACAACAACUGUUUGACUGAAUAACUGAAAACCGAACAAAGUUAGCACAUUGUUGUUUCCCAUACUUACAUUAUCAGGCAUAUAAGAUUUGGUGAUAAAAUAAUGCUAAGUAAAGCUGACAACAGUGAAAAUAGUUCAGACUAUUACAAGCCGUGAAUGUGAAAGGUUAACAAAUUUGUAUUCUGCUGUAAAGAGAGUUAUAAGGGACGGUGGGCUUGCGGGUUUCCCUUGUCUUUCUCCGCAUUUAUACGCUUCCCAUGUUGACAAAUACAAGUUGGCACUGCUUCAUCUUUCAAUAUAAGUUUCUUUGCAAAGCCUGAAUCAUGGUUCUCAAAAGAAUCCAUAGAGAAAAUGUCCCCAAAAAAUAUAAUUCCACAUUGACGCUUGUCUGAAUAAGUCACUCGUUUCUAACAUUGGGAUCCCUCAUAAGGCUAUGCAGAGAUGCAGUUUGUCCACAUCCAGAGACACAACAAUGUCUGGGUCCGUUACUCAACAUCUUAAUUUUGUUGUUGGUUAAAAGCAAACUACAGUAAAAAAUAGUGCAAUUUCCAGUGUUGGCGUCCCUCCUCCGCUCUCUCUCUCUCUCUAUCUCUCUCUCUGAAUUCACUGCAACGAUAACAUAUGUUGUGGAGGUGGUGACUAUGCAAAUUACUCCUAUCUUCUACGUCACAAGGGGGGAGAUUUUAAAUCAAGUUGUUUUUGGAAACAAUAAAUGCUCUUAGGAAUUUUUGAAUUCUAAAACUUACAGUAUGUUUUUAUAGUACAAUGACCUCUUAUAUGUCAAAAUAUCAAGGAAAAUUUGAUUCCUCAUGACAUGACCCCUACUUUACUCUUAGUUACAUAAAAGCAAUUAUACAGUUGAUAAGUUUUACAAUAAAAGCACCUGUGUAUCAAACACAGAUAUGAGCCAUGCAUCUCAGCAGAUAUGACAACGUUACACCUCCUCACAUGACAAAACACUGUUACCAAUAAAAAAAACAUGCACACUUGUCAUAAGCUCAUUUUGCUUUAUUAAUAUUCAAAAUGUCCCAAAGACAGGCCUAUAUAUGUACAUGUUUGGGAUAGAGCCAUACGGUUAAAAAGCUUUGUGUGUAUGCAGCCUUGCAUUAUAUUUGCUUAAUAUUUUAGAACCUGAAAAGAUUGCUUUUCUUAUUUAUGUUACUGCAAAAUAUAUUAAUUUGUUUAAAAUACAUCUUAGUCUUUUUAGACAUCUAGUCAUUUUUUUCAACCUGCUACUAUGCUUGAAUUGUGGCCCAUCUUAAAAUUGAAACACAUGUCAUGGAAUUUUAAAUGCUCUUCUAGUCAUUGCUUGUUUAUCUUUUUUUUUUUUAAAGAUUUCAUUUGUAAUCAGUGGUGCAUUUUAUGGUCUGGGGUUUCUUGUGGUCCCCAAAAAUUACCUAUCUGCCUCUAUCUGUAUUCUCUCACAUUGUAGUGGAAUAUGUCAUUAUGCUCUAAUGAUCAGCCAAUGUCUAUAUGUGCUAAAGACAACAAAAUUUAAUAUUUUACAUCGGUUUAUGAUUUGCAGAAUAAAAUUAUUGAAUGUUUA